GAAAAUGAAGAAUUAUUAAAAAUUUAAGGGCCAAAUUCUAAAAAUAUAACUAAGUAUUUAUUUGUAACCGAGAAUAAUUUACCAAAUCUUAGAUAUGUAUGGUGAAUGAGUAUUAUGCAGUAAAGUUCAAAGUAAUGGAAUUGAAUACAAAAAUGGAAUGAUGACGAAGACGAUGAAGAUAUAAUAAUGGUGAUGAGCAUCACAACAACAACAAUCACCACGAUCCCUCUAUUCCAUUCUCUCCCAAAAAUCUCCCAAUCCCAAAGUCCUCAACUUUCUCCCAAAAUGGCUUUGAAUUUUCUCACCAAGAAACCAUAUUCUCCUCCUUCAUGGGCUUCUCAUCUCAACCCUUUACCCACUCACACCUUCUCUCUCGCCAAUGUUCCUACUCCGAUUCAUAAAUGGAAUCUUCCUAAUUUGCCUAACAACACUGAAAUUUGGUUAAAGCGCGAUGAUCUUACCGGGAUGCAAAUGAGUGGUAACAAAGUCAGAAAGUUGGAAUUUUUACUGGCAGAUGCUGUAGAACAAGGUGCUGAUUGUAUCAUAACAAUCGGAGGAAUUCAAAGCAACCACUGUCGCGCAACUGCUGUGGCUGCGAGAUAUUUGAAUCUCGACUGUUAUCUUAUACUACGAACCUCUAAGGUAUUUGUGGAUCAAGAUCCGGGAUUGACAGGCAAUCUCAUGGUGGAGCGGUUAGUUGGAGCUAACAUUGAACUUAUUUCGAAAACAGAAUAUGCAAAAAUCGGAAGUGUGGCUCUUACCAACCACCUUAAAGAAAAGCUAAUAAGUGAAGGGAGGAAGCCAUACGUCAUUCCUGUCGGUGGAUCAAACUCGUUAGGAACAUGGGGCUAUAUUGAAGCUAUCCGAGAAAUCGAGCAGCAACUCCAAAGUGAGAACGCCGGUGUAAAUUUUGAUGACAUUGCUGUAGCUUGUGGCAGUGGCGGUACAAUUGCUGGUCUUUCAUUGGGAUCAUGGUUAAGUUCUCUCAAGGCGAAAGUUCAUGCAUUCUCGGUUUGUGAUGACCCCGAUUACUUCCAUGGCUUCGUGCAAGACCUACUCGAUGGCCUUGAUGCUAAUGUUGACUCGCGUGAUAUUGUUAACAUACAAGAUGCCAAAGGUAUGGGAUACGCGAUUAGUACUCCUGAAGAGCUUAAAUUUGUUAAGGACAUUGCUGCAACAACCGGUGUUGUUCUUGACCCCGUUUAUAGUGGGAAAGCUGUUUAUGCAUUGUUGAAAGACAUGAACUCGAAUCCGAAAAAAUGGGAAGGGAGGAAGAUUCUCUUCGUACACACCGGUGGGUUGCUCGGUUUGUACGAUAAGGUCGAGCAGAUGGAUUCAUUGGUGGGAAAUUGGCGUCGAAUGGACGUCCCGGAAUCUGUUCCGCGAGAGGAUGGUAUUGGGAAAAUGUUCUAAGAAAAUUUCUGCAGAAAAUGGUUGUGUACCAUAUUUUUAACUAUUAGAGCGUAAUGUUUGCACAUAUGUUUCCACACUUAUGCAUUCUAAAUAAAAUGCGUUCUAUGUUUUCUUAUUA